UUUGUGUUCUGCCGUGACAAGGCCUCCGGCUUGAAGAAGCCGUCGCUGGGAGCCGCGUCCCAGAGGAAGAAGGCGAGUCCCAAGCUGGAGCUGACGGAGGAGCAGCGCCAGGAGAUCCGCGAGGCCUUCGACCUCUUCGACGCUGAUGGCACAGGGAAUAUCGAUGUCAAGGAGCUGAAG